AUGACUAUACAUUGGAGAGUCUGGACUGGUAUGCUACUGGUCCCUUUGCUGCUGGUGCUCCUGGUCUCAGGUGUCUGGGGGUCCACAGUUACAUCUGAAGAGCUUCAUAGAAUGGUAGGACAGAGUCUCUCCGUGUGGUGCCAGUACAAGCCUGAGGAGGGACCUUACGUGCCGAAAACAUGGUGCCGGCAAACAUCUCCAAAUAGAUGUAAAAGAAUGAUCACUACCUCCGAGCCUUUGAAAGCAGUCAGGGAAUUACAGUACAUGAUCUGGGAUGAUCCUGAACCUGGCUUCUUCAACAUCACCAUGACUCAGCUAACAGAAGAGGACUCGGCAUUCUACUGGUGUGGUUUAUUUAAUGCUCCCCAAAAUGAAAUAACCGUUCUCAGAAACAUCAGCCUGGUGGUAUCUCCAGCCUCAUCAACUCCUCCUUCACAGACGAUUGCUUGGCUCCUAGAAAGCACAGCUACCAUCUUUAUAUACUUCUUAGUUCUGACCACCUCUCCUGAGGAGAUCACUGACUCUUCCAUCAAUGGCUCUGAGCACAGAAACCAAAGUUCUUCAUCUCCUGGUUGGACCUCCCUGAGGCUUCUGGUCUCUCUGCAGUAUGGACUCCUUCUGCUCAAGGGCCUGAUGCUGUCAGUUUUCUGUGUGCUCCUUUGUUGGAGGCGUGGCCAGGUGAGCAUAUAUAUGGCAGAGAUAGCGACGAUGGACCUUUCAAAAUUACCUCACAUCCCAAAGUCCUUGGGCACGUUUAGCCACAUCUCGGGGUGUGAGAAGAACGCUAAGUUCUAA